AUGAGAAUCACGGAUGGUUUCCAAACCCACCUGAAAGGUCAACAAGAGCCUGGCCUGGUGAACGGGGUUGGUUUUGUUGGCGGGUUAGGGUUCGGCCCCAGCCACCCCGAAGACGUUUUGAAAGGUCCCCAUCGCAACAAGAAGUUUGCCGGGAAGAAUGAUCCAAGGAUAACGAGAGGAAGGAAGCAGCCCUUUAUCCUCAGCUGGCCUCGUCCUCAUCCCGUGCACAUACUCGGCGGUCCCAGCCUGGAGUUGACCCAAGAAAAAGCUCCAGGAGUCAGGGAGAGCGAUCCGCCAAGACCCAAACAAGAGCCGCGCUUUGUUUCCAAGUCUGCUGCAGUAAAGCAGCACCAAGCCGGGAUUCUCUGUUUGGUCCGACGCCUCCUGGACGCCUCCUGGACUACUGGCGGCAGUUCUGUCAGAGGCGUGAGCAAAAGGUCCGAGGAAACUCCAUGA